AGGAGGCAGUGCAAGGAAGGCGGGCCCGGCACGAGCUGCUCCAGCUGUUACUGACUGAUCACUGACAAGUCCCUGAGCCAGGGAAACCGCAGCAGUCCUGAUCCCGGGAGCGCCGGGCACACGUGUUCUAGCCGCGGAAAGGCUGCGUGUAGUGCGCUCCGGUCACAGCCAUGGGUAAUGGAAUGAACAAGAUUCUUCCUGGGUUAUUCAUUGGUAAUUUUAAAGAUGCUCGAGAUAUUGAACAGCUACAGAAGAAUAACAUUACUCAGAUUCUGUCUAUACAUGACAGUGCCAGACCAAUGUUAGAGGGCAUGAAAUAUCUUUGCAUUCCAGCAUCUGAUUCACCAAAUCAAAAUUUAAUACAACAUUUUAAAGAAAGCACAGCAUUUAUCCAUGAGUGUCGGCUGAAAGGUGAAGGAUGCCUUGUCCACUGUUUGGCAGGUGUGUCCAGAAGUGUUACUUUGGUAGUAGCCUAUGUUAUGACAAUCACAGAUUUGGGUUGGGAAGAUGCGUUGGCUGCUGUUAGGGGAGCAAGAACGUGUGCCAACCCCAACAUGGGUUUUCAGAAGCAACUUGAAGACUUUGGAAAACAUGAUGUCCAUCACCUAAAAACUUGGUUGAAGGAGACGUAUGGUGAAAGCCCUUUUCUUGAUGCAGAAGAAGCCAAACAACUUGUUGCCAAACAUAGGCAACAAGAAGAAGAAUCGAGUGCUGGAAGUUCAGGAAGACAAUGGAGCAGUCACUUGACCUCUCUCUCAUCCAUGGCAUACAGCAAUUACACUACAGAGACAUAACUUUCUAUCACAACACUUAUAUCUACUUUCUAAUGUACUUCAACAGUCACUACAAAUAUAUAAGCAAGCACCACAUAGGUGCUUGCUAUCCAAGCAAGAGCUUAGAGUUAAGAGGUCUUAAGAUGUAUGUUUCUGUCUGCAGUCUUGCAGAGAUGAGCGGUGCAUUACAAAUUAAAGUGCAGACCUUGAAUGAAGUUCUAGUUUGACACAGGAAAAGGUCUAAUUCCACUAUUGUGUUUUGUCAUCUUGGCACUUUAUUAUAUGUACAGCAAAUCUUAAACGCAAGUCUCCUGAAAGCUUUGUUAUAGGUAACAACUGUGUCAUCACUUUUACUGUGCUUCUGGUUUAAAUGUAUAUUUUAACAUUUUCUACCUCAAGAUAACAAUUAUUUGAAGGAAAACAAACACCCCUACUAGCCCUCCCCAACAAAAUAAGUAACAGACUGUAUUUCUCAGGUAGGGAAUAACAUAAGAAAGGGUUGAACCAUUCAGUUCCAACACAAAUAUGUUGUGAACUCUGUGCCGAAAGAGACGCAGGUAACGGAAAAAAAACAUUGCCUGCAUAAAAUAUAAAAUUAUUUUUUAGCUUAAAGCUAAGUAAUUUCUCAGAAUAAAUGUGAAUACAAUCCUGGUAUUUUGCUGGAUGCAAAAAGGCUUGUCAUACUGUAAUAUGCAAAGUACAUUUAUUCCCACUUUUAUAUAUACAGUGGUCCAUUUGGUACCCGUUUGCAAUAUGGCAAAAGGAUGAUACAGAUAUAAUUGUUGAAAACAUUGAUAUAUUGUGUCGCUCAAAUUGAUGAAGUAUUCAGUUAUACCUAAAAUGAGUGAUUAAAAGGACAGGAAGACUUUGCACUAUGAAUUAGGAAGACAAAGACACAUUUGUAGACUUUACUAUAGAACUCAAUGUAUUGAGGUUGAAAGUGGCAAGUAUCUGUACAUCAGCACUCUUCUCCUGGAAGUGGACAUCAAACAAUGUCUUCUUGUAUGCGGUUAAAAUAAAAAAAAUAAAAAAAUAUAUAUACCGACAUUUAUCACGUCAAUAUAGUUUUAGUUUGGAUGUGAGUCCCACGGUUAUGCAUUUAAAGAACUCCAUGUGGGCCAUGGUCAGUAUGGGACUUGCUUAAGCAAAGUAUUUUGUAUACUGUGGUGCCAUUAAAAUGGACCAACAUAUUAAUAUUAACGUGUUCUGUUCCAUACACUAUUGUAAUGUGGGCAAGACUUCCUUUCAUGCAAAGUCAUAUCAUCAAACUUGAUGCCAUUAAAAACUGCUUUUUAAAUAUAUCAGAUUAUUCAUGAAAGGCCUAGAAUGCAUUUUUAAAGCUAGACUUGGCAGAAGACUAUCAUACCUCUGCCGGGUUACUUACCAUAGAUUUUCCAAUUCUACACAGGUUUGCCUAUAUCUUACUCCCUGAUACAUUGUAGUGUCAAGUGGCAAACUCACGGACCUCUUUUUUGGUAGGACUAGCGCUCUAGGAUUCUUAAGGAACUGUCUCUUCUAAUCUAAGUAUAAUGUUGAAGAACAAAUGUUUGGAAAUGAAAGCAAAAGGAACAACCGACAGAGAUGCAACAUUUAGGGGAGCAUAGUGGAUUAUGAGGGUUACAAACUAUGAUUUGAGAAGGUAAAUCCUUGACUAUUGUGGACAUUUUAAUAAUUCCUGUUGGGUUAUCGGACAAAACCACUGUAUUUACUGUAUGAUUAUAUAUAAAUUUUCCAAUCCCUGUGUGUAAAUAUAAAUUGAAAUUUUGUUGUACUGUU